AUGGCGGCCGCUGACAAUACCCCAUCAGACCUGCUUUUCUAUGGCCUGAACGACGAGUUUGGAGUCGCCGCCAAGGAGGGGCGCAAGCGGAGCAACCCCCUGCGGGAGGACUGGGAAAGGAUAAAAGAUGAUGUCAUGCUGACGGCGCUGCGAGCAAAGUCUAUGCAGCACGAGGAGUUGAAGGAGGUGUUGCUGAGCACGGGCGAGAGAAACCUAGUGGAACACACGACGAACGAUUCGUAUUGGGCAGAUGGAGGGAACGGCAGCGGUCGGAAUGUGCUAGGGCAGUUGCUGGUGCGGCUGAGGAGUGAGCUGAGGGCCUUACCUGAGGGGGGGCAGGAAAAGAGCUGAGAGGUCAGUGUGGCACGAAAUCGGAAGCUGCGGGCGCGCUGUGUAGGAGGGGAACAACGACUCGGAGGAGAGGGGAGCCAACGAGUUUGCUUUUGAGCUCACAAGCCAGCGAGUUUGGGUUGAGAAGCAAAAACCUUUAUUUAGGAUUCAGCGACUAGUUUAAAAGUGGAGUCUUUGCAAGUCAACACUGGCUGGCCACCAUUGGCUUCCCACCAAAGUAAAGGCACCGGCGUGCACAUCCAGCUUCAAAGAGGUUAUGAUGAUGGGAUGAGAUUGCAUCCUCACAGGCAGUGCUGUCGGCGCUCGCAGUCACUGGGGCAGGUGUUGAAUAGGGUGCCAGGAUGUCAGUACUCCCAAGCAAUGGCGGGAAUGAUUCGUUGCAAAUCAAGUUUCGCGAUUACGCUUGCGGUACAAGCAGCGGAAGAGCAAUUGAGGCCCAAUCGAAGCGCUUAAACUAAAGAUGAGAAGCGGGACUCGUCGUGGUAGAAGAUUCUUAGGGGGCCCCCUUCAUUAACGGAUAUAACCUGGAAGACUUCUGACAGGAACAACACAAUUAUCUUGAAAGACUGCGAACGCGGCUGUGCAGAAAGUUGGAUAUCCUUAGCUCAGCAAGUCGUGGAGAAGGAUAUCAGACUCUUACUGGAAUUGAACCACCUUCAUUAGAAUCUGCGUUUUAUCUGACGCGGUACAAUGAAAUUCUGACGGUUUUGUUCGCGUUGAUCUAUGGGAUCAAUACAAAUGUUAGG